AUGGAUUUUUCAUUUUCUAAUGUGACAUGGAUGAUCCAAACAACUAAUUUAUAUAACCUCACGCAAAGUGGGACGAGUGAUUUUGUCAAGAGAUUAUUUACAAAUAAGAACCACAGAUCUUACAACAUUUCCGAUAUUCGUCCCUUGUAUCAGCUUCCAUCCUAUUGCUAUACGGGAAUAAUAACACAAAUAUCCCAAUGUUCUAACUUUAAACUGGAGAUUGAUCGAGAUUAUUCGCCGUAUGUUAGAAAUUACAUAUACCCAAUGUGGUAUCAACCUCGCCUUAAAUUUAAAAACGAGAGUCGUUUAUCCUAUUCAAUGGAAAAGAUGGCAAAAGCAUUUCAAGUUGGGUAUUAUUUUGCUCCUAUAUUUCCCAUAUCCUCUCGAAAUGAUUCAUUUCUAAAAAGUUCUUUAAAUGGAGAAUAUCUCAACAAUUUGUGGACAUCCUCAAGUUACAACACAACCCAAAAACUUGUGCAAUUUUCAUAUCUAUCGGGAUAUCAAUUUUCAGGAUCUUAUUUAUUUUCUUAUUUACACCAUGUCUUCAAUACUAAAAACUUUCGAACCUAUUUUAACUCAGACAAUUCAGAAAACAUUCUUCAAUUCUAUGAUCUCUCUAUCGCUGGAAAACCAGAUCGAUAUUAUAGGUUAGGUUUUGCAUUGGCUUCACCUAAACAGGAUUUAAAUGAUUUUAUUUAUGCGGAACACAGUGGCACUGAACUGAAUUCUACAGCACUGGAAUCUCAAUUCCAAUGUACUUUUGUAUUAGCUAAUCAAAUACUUUAUCCUGAACCAACGUGGAAGUUUUCAGUGACUGGUCCUCACAUCUAUUUAUCCAUAGGCCUUACUGUAAUUAUAUCUCUGUGGGUUAUGUUAAUUAUUUGCGGAAACUCGAAACUUUUUGAGGCUGAUGGCAAAGAUAAUAUGCCACGAAUUUUUGAUCGCAUUCCAACCACUCCAAAAUCAAACUCAUUUAUUCACAAACGAUUAGCUUUCGCAUAUGAUAUUGUGAAAAAUUAUUUUUUGACAAAUGAUAAUGACUUGUCAAAGGAGAUUGGUUCAGAACCUUAUUAUUAUUUUUGGUUUUAUCGAUACAUAUUUAUCUUUCUUGCAAUUUGUGGAUUUUUCAAUAUAGGGAUAUUGAUACCAAUAUUUGCAACAACUCCAAACGAUUUGUCGUUCAUGGAUUUUUCUCAAUUUACAGCAGCGUCCUUAACUGUAGGCAGGAAUAACCAUCAUGUAUUUUUCCUAUUCAUCAUUGCAAGUAAUUUUUUAGUUGGAUUACUCUCAUUACUUUUAGUGACUGCCCUUAAAUAUGAGUCGAGAAUGUACAUGAUCGAUGAAAAAAUUAAUAGCGAAAAAUUGACCACAACAACCAUUAGACACUUUGGUAGCCUUUACACGAUCUUGGUGAAAAACAUUCCAAAAGAAAUCUUGUCGAAUGACGCGUUUGGAAACAUGUUCAAUGAAUUGAUAUUGAACGGAAAAUACAAGGGUGAUGAAUGGAAAAAUUAUUACACAACACAUGUGGCAAUCGAUUUGAACAGAAUUUCAGAAAUCACACAGAGAUUACACAAAUUAGAGAAAAAACUCUUAAAGAUGGGAAAUGAAAAUCAACCAAAAGGAUUCCUCUCGCAUUUCUCUCCGUCCAAACAAGUCAUGCUGGAAGAGAAAUCGAAAUUAGAAAAACAAUUGGCUUUCAUUAAGAGACAAUUCUAUUUGAAUGAAGAGAAGACACAAGAAAAUAAUUCAAUAGAACUCAACUCGGACUGGGAAAUUAAGGGCACUGGUUAUGGAUUUGUCACGUUUUUCUCUCUCGAUGAUGCUCAUGCUGUUCUUACUGAAUUCACAACAAAACAAUCCUUUUGGACUCGGUUCUUGGAGUUUGUUGUUCCAUUUUAUUCUCCCUCUGGAGUACAAUUAAGACGCGCUCCCAACCCAGAUGAUGUAAUUUUUUCUAAUUUUGUGAUUGGAACGAGAGAACGCACACUGCGAAUGUUCGUAUCAAGUGUGGGACUGCUUUUUGCAAUAAUUGUUGUAUUCGCAAUUUUGGGCGUUGGAAGUGUCAUUCAAUGGCUAAAGCAAGAGUUUGUUGCAACUAUUGAUGUGGCCAGCAGUGUGAAAGAUACUUCUUUGUCUGAUCUAUUUCGAUUUUUAGUUGACUUGUUGAUGGAAAUUCCAGGUUUAUUUGUAGAGUUAUUGAAAAUGAUGGUCGUUGCUCUUUCCACGUUUGUUCGAUACUACUCAAAAGCUCACCAAAGUAUUUUUAUUGCGGGAAAAGUCAUGUUCUUUAUCAUUUCCUCCUUAAUAGUAUUUCCUGUUUUUACGAAAUAUGUAUUUACGAACAUCAUUAUCAUAUUUAGCGAUUACACUUCUCUUUACCCUCAAUUUGACAAUCUCUCCAUGUAUGGUAAUUUAUUUGGCACGGAUACUAUUUCCUUACUCUUAAUUUUAUGUUUCAUUACCAAAAGUUUAGAAUAUGGAAUUCUUCUGAUAGGUUCUCUUGCUUCUCUCGUCUUUACAGGAAAAAUAAUGCGACCACCUUUUGAUUAUGAAUCCAGUUAUGGCUUCAAAUCUGCUAUUCUCAUUAUUAUUGUUCUCUAUGGAGGAAUUAAUCCAUUCAUUUACAUUGUUGGGCUCUUCUUCUUUCUUCUUUCAUACUUUUUAGAGAGGUUCUUUAUCAUGUUUUUAUUUCAACGAGGAAGACAAUCGAAUGGAGAUUUAUUAUCACAUGUAGCGAGCAAUAUUGUCAAUUAUUUCUCACUGUUACCAUUGACAUUUAUCGUUUUCUUUCCAUUUGUGAUCAAAUACUACAAGGAUGAUUCAUCUGAAAAGUUAUCAUUACCGCCCUAUGUGCUGUUCUCUCUUUCUUUGUGUUCUUGUGUGAUCUUGGUGAUCCUUUCACGAGUCAUGAUGAAGUAUUUUCAGUACAAAGCCUCAACUGUCUAUUUAAAGAAAUUUGAGGAAACAAGACAAAGUGGUGUGUUUGAACAUAAGGCAGAGAAAAUACUGAGUGUUGAGCCAAACUCAUUGGAAUAUCAAAUUGCAAAACAUACAACGACCCUCAAGAACGUUUUCAACAAGAAGGCGAAAAAAAAUCAAAUUGAACCCACCACUCUUAAUUCUGUCAAAGUUAAAGAGGUAAUGAGACCAAUCAUGACAGAAAUGUUAAAUUUUGGAAAGGUUGAAAGCUUAGAAAAUAAUGAUAUUGUCAAUCAUGUACACAAGUCCCAUCUCAUGGAUUUGUAUCGACAUCCUUAUUUCAUUAGAGAGGCCGAGCGACUGAAAAAGAAAAUGGUCAAUGCAGCCCGAGCAGUUUUUUUCAUUCAAAACAAUCAACCCAAUGCUACUGGGAGUAGUAGUGUAAACAACAAACCAUUCCAUGUCCUUCUUCAAUAA